GAAAGUGGCCGUCAAAAACUCACCACGCAUCACAAUUUUUUUUUGUUCGGAUUUUCCAUCAUUUUCAUUUAAAGCAAACGCGGCAGCGAGCAACACAAAAUCGGUUGUAAAUGUUUUUCAUCUUUAGAAAAGUUUUCGUUUCUCGGUUUGACGAUUGGUCAUUCUUCAAGUUGUACUUGUGAAAGUGCUGAGUGAGUUGAGUACGAAGAAUUUCGGAAACGGAACCGAAGAAAGCUGGGAAGAAGUUAACUAACCCAUUGACAAGGUGAAACGUCAACGUGUGCACCGAUCCGGGAAUCGGAAUCAUCGAUGUCUCAUCCUCCGUACGAUUCCCAGCAAUCAUCCUCCGGGACCACCAUGCCCAUGACGACUCACUACCAUCCCCAACAGCAGCAGCAAGUGCAUCACCGAGCGGAAGUGGAAUACUUUUACGUUUACGUAGCCGAAUCGGAGCUGUCUAACGUUGGGAACUGGAUCCUGCUGGAACCGGACAAAACGCUAAGCCUUAAGAAUCUGCGUGAAUACUAUUCGACGUGCUUUGGCAUAAAACACAAGCUGCUAAACGCGAAGAACGAGAUGGAAGUGCGCUACAUCCGGUACCAUAAUGGGUACUUCCGGUUCCCGCCCGGUUUGGAUCUGAACAAUACGCGCUUUGUGGCGUAUUAUUACAGCGAUCUGGACGAUAUCCGGGCAUUUAUGGAGAUGGCCGAAGCCAACGACAAGGAUCAGGCAAGAGUAGGAAUGCCUGUGACGACUUUGGCCACUUCUCAGCCUCCCCCGCAGCCGGAAGGCCAUAACGAUACCACGCUGAUGGGACGGACCAGCGUCUUUGAAAUGGACAGCAUUCUGAGGAGUGGAGCGCAAAGUACUCCCGUUAAGGGGAGUAUCAGUCGACAGAUGCCGACCACGGAAAAUGUGUCCUCCACGUCGGAUGUGAUCCUGAACGAACCCCCAGUGGAGGUUAUUUCUGUUCAGGAUUCACAGGAUACUCUUAGGCUCUCACUUCCACCUCCACCGCCAGGUCCCCCGAAACCGGUUACGAAAGAUAAUCACAAUUUGAAGCCCUGCGUUCCCUCGACGAAUCCAGCGCCUUCGGGGAUAAGGGCCAAGUUGGGACCGAGUGUUUCGUCCACUUCCGAAGUGAAGCAAAUCAAACCGCUGGAGCGGCCAAAGCACGAGCGAAUAACCAUCAACGAUUCCAGUGGCUUCCAGCGGGACCGCAGUUCCGUAAUGGUCAAAGUCAACACGGCUCCCAAGUCCAGAAACAUGCUGGACCGAUACCAGCAGAAUCGACCCGCUCCGGAAGAUGUAAAUUCCAAAACUCCCCUCAAGGUAACUUUGAAGACCCGCGGUCGCCAAGUUCAGCCUCACAAAGAGAUCCUCAAGAUUGAGGACGCCAGAGGCCGCACAACCGCCCUUCUGACCAAGAAAAAGUGGUCUGCCAAACCGGAAGUCGGUCAUCAAAAGCGUCGCUCCGAACCGGAUGAUGAACCGGACGAUCGCCACCAAAAACGGCGCCGCUACGACCAUCAGUACCAAAACUACCAACAGGUCGACCCAAAGCCCAGUUCAUCUCAUCGAGUUCUGAACGUCCUCCUCGUGGGAUUCCACGACCAAGCCCCGGUCAUUCACGAAACGACCAGUUACUUCUCCGAAUUCGGAACCGUCACCAACUUCCAACUGUACACCCAGGAAAACCGCUUCAACGUCCCCGAAUACUACGCCUACAUGGAGAUCCGUGCCGGCGAUUCCAUCUCCCUGUUCUCCGACCGGCACGUCUACAACGGGACCAUCAUCUACGCCAUCCGGGUGGAUGGAUCGCAACUUCCCUCGCGACUAACCUGCCGCGUUUGCGGCUACUACGGACUCAAUGUGGCCCACCUGGCGUACCAUGUAGAAGGACAGUACCACCAGCAGACGCUGCGGAAACGGUUACAGUCCCAGGCCACCACCCACGGGCAGCACGUGUACUUGGAUAGCUACUACCGAAUCACGUACGACGAGCUGUACGUGCAGUAUCCGACCAAUCCCGUUCAAGAAAUGGUCCGCAAUGACUACUGGAAGCGUAGCUACCAGCCGGCAACCCAUUCGUCCGAUGCCGCAGGCUCCGGUAAGCGAUAUUAUACCACUUCCGAUAAGGAGCGCUUUUACUGAGCCGUCAAUUCUGCACAAAGUUGUAAGUAUUUUUACGUGAGUUGAUCUCAUCAAUUGUGCCCAUUUGAAGGUGCAAAAUCGGAAAGAAGAAAGAAUAAUAGCGGUUUUAUUUCGUCCAAAUCGGACGUUCUGGUUCUGAAGAAAACAGUUAUGAUAAUGCCGUCGAAUGGCACUUUAAUUUUACAUACAUCAUAUUCUAGAAGAGAGAUAGAAUCAAGUACUUCAAAAUCAAAGAAUCGCAAACAUUGUUAUAUCAGCCUCAAGCUAACAAGUUAAACGAGAUCGAUCUUUCAGAAAGAUGAUUUAUAAUUCAACACAGAGUUUCAAGCUGAUUAGAAAUUUUCCACAAGAAGAAGUAAGGAGCAAGUUCGAACUUUUAAAUGGUUUGCGAAUAUUUUAAAAAUAUUUCAAAUAGUCUGAAUGGAAACUAUAAGUUUCGGAACGAGCACCAAACACACACGAAAAAUGUCAUACGUUUUACUCAUCGAAUAGUAAACUGUAAAUAUGAGCGCUUUCCGUGAAUUUUUGAAAAUAAAAGCGUUUGUUAAGUUUGAAU